AUGCCAAGAGCAGAAAGAUACAAAAAAGAUUCAGCAAAAGCAUUAGCGAAAGCAGCUGCUAUACCGGGUCAAUCUAAAAUAACAUCGCUGUUUGCCAAAGGAAACACAGGCCAUGAUUUUGAUUCUGCUUCAACAAGCGGAAUUGACACUGUAAUAACUGUCAAUACUGAAAAAGCCUCAGACUGUAUAGCGAUAAGAGGUAAAACGGAUUUUGAAUCUAAUAUUCAUCAUUUGAAUCUUGAUAAAGCUUUUAACGACAAGGCACUAAAACUUUUACUUGACGAGAACCGAUACCUGACGAAUCAUCAGACGUAUCUAAAAAAGGAACAGUUGUCUUUCUCCGUAAGGACCUGUGAUGAUAAUUACGAAGUAUCGGAAGGUUUUGUUGGAAUUUAUGAAUGUUUGCAAGAACUUUCAUCUGAUGCAUUACUGCACUACACCAAAGAUAUCCUUCUCAGAUGUGGCAUGGAAGGUCACAAAAUGGCAGCUAUGGGCUUUGAUGGGGCUUCAGCAAUGAAAUCCCUGGCAAGAAAGCUCAAGGAAGAUAUUGCACCAAACGCAAUUUAUAUUCAUUGUUUCAGUCACUGCAUUGAACUUUUUAUACAGGAUGCAGCUAUGCAAUCUAAUUUAUUGUCUACAUCACUGGAUUUAUGCCAAUCCCUCUAUGCAAUCGUAGGUGCCCAUCCAAAACGUAUUUUAUUGUUCGAAGAAAUACAGGCAGAUUUUAGAAAUGAAACAGGAACAAACGAUUACAAAGUUCUACGACUCCAAAGUCUUUCUACAACGAGAUGGACAACAAGAGUAAAGGCUGCUGACGUCAUCUUCGAGAAAUCGUCUGAACUACAUGCAACCCUUGAAAAAUUGCAGGAAGAUCCUAGCAUUUUGGCAGACACAUAA